AUGAAUAUUGAUUACUUAAAUUAAAAUUCCCAAAAUUCAAAUCAAGAUGAAUGUGUCAUUAUGGAUACCGAUUUAUAAGACAAGAGCUAGAGUCAAUUUGAGAAUGAUUAUUUCUCUAAUAAAAUUGAAACUCACAAAUUUGUCGUGGGUAUUUCCAAACCUGGAGAAACCAGAAUUGGACUUUAAACUAUUAACAAAAAUAAAAUCACUGUCAAAGGAAUACUUGGCAUACACGAAAAAUCAUGA